AUGCUUGGAGCCGAGACUAAUAUGAAGAUGCUCGGAGAGUGGAUGCAAGGCCUUCAACCCAACGCUCAAUCUGCAGUGACAGCACUGAAUUAUCUGCCGUCACGCCUGAUACAGCUGCGCGACGAAGGUAGUCUACGCAUAGUCAAAACAUCCACCAUCGAGGGCCACGAACCGAAGUUUGCUGCACUUAGCUAUGUAUGGGGCACAAAUCAAACUUUCAUCUUGCUUAGUACCACUGAAGAUAUGCUCACAACAGGGUUUGGAAUCGAGCAGCUUCCCAAGACGAUACAAGACGCUGUCACAGUCACCCGCCGCGUCGGAAUAGAAUACAUUUGGGUAGAUGCACUAUGCAUCAUGCAGGAUUCAAACGAAGAUAAGGCACAGGAAUUACCGAAGAUGCGAUCAAUCUACAAAUAUGCCACAGUAACUGUAGUGGCUUCUGUCGCCAAAUCUGCUACUGAAGGCUUUCUACAUCACGUUGAAGAAGAAUAUGACUACUUCAUCGAACCGGUUACGAUACCUUUUUCGGCGAACACGGUCGAGCCGACAUGCUCAGAAAUCGUGCUUAGUUACCCAGCAGCCUAUAAGCGAUGGAAAGACCCCAUCAACAGCCGAGCUUGGACGUUUCAAGAACUCAUCUUGUCAACCCGUGCAAUUCUCUUCUCAUACCGUGGGGUGUCAACAAUUGACCGUAUUAGCCCGGCUGCUGCGGAUGGCAUGACGUCUGGUAAAGAUCCGCAGUUGCCGAGUUUACCCUGGAGCGGCAAGCUGUUCUCUCUGGCUACUACUCCAGAAAACACGAGGCAGGUAUGGCUUUCAAUAAGAGGAGAGUACAGUCGACGUAUGCUCUCGUACCAGGGAGACAAGCUGGUUGCAGUAUCGGCUAUUGCAGAGGAAAUUGGCCAAAUGUACAAUAGUCGCUAUGUUGCUGGCAUGUGGGAGCGCGACCUCGCUAUAGACCUACAAUGGAACUGUCCACGCAGAGAUACGGUGGGUGACGACGGCCAUAAUCGGAAGCCUCGAGCACAAGGUUACGUUGCACCUUCAUGGAGUUGGGCAUCUGUCAGUGGUGCUGUGGAGGACUUUGUACAGGUUUGGGAGGAUGAAGGCGAUGACGGAGGAAUUGGGUACAAGAACAGCUUUGGGUUUGAAGUGAUUUCCUGUGAGGUUGAGCUUGCUGUUCCCGGCUUCGAGUAUGGAGCCGUCACCUCGGGUAUUCUGGUCGCGAAAGGUCGCAUCUGUACACUCUCUUGGCACCCCCAUCCCAAUGACGAACAGCACAGGGUCCUCGAGUCAGAUGGUUAUCUUGCAGGAUUAGCAGACGGUGACAAGAGCGGACUAGUGAGCACGAGUGCGAGCGGCAGAUAUGGGGAGGGUACGUUGGAUGCCGCUGAUCCGGAUAUGCAUGCCGGCGUUGAAGUGGUGUGUCUUGGGGGAAGAUUGGUGGAGAAUGUGCCAGGACGAGAGGACGUGGAAGGAAUGAUGCUACUGGCGACGACUGAGGGACAGUAUCGUCGAGUUGGCUUUUUCCGAGUGCAGACGGGGGCAUUUGAGACGGGCGAGAGUGCAGUGGUUAGGAUAGUGUGA